ACGCUUAAAUUGAAGCAUUUAAUUCACCGUAAAAUAUAAAAAUAUAUGCUUUAAAAUUGCUUGUCUAGGUCAUAGCACGCACCGACGCGCAGUAUUAAUUCAUAUAAAUGUAUUCUUUUUCGAGUGCCGCACUGUUCAACACUGUCCCUGGGUUUGGCGUCGUAGCCGCGCUGCUUGGCAUUGAUAUUCAAACUGAAAUGUUGUGAAGUUUUUGUGUAUAAUUUGCUAGAAUUGUUAAAUAUCAUUUUAAUAUCCGUUUAAACUGAGUAUAAACAAGCAGCACCCUUUGAUAUUCUCCUAAUAAUUAAUAAAAUUUCCCACUUACAUGAAACAUACGCACAGUAAAGAAAAUUUCAUUGGUAACAACUUGUGCCAAUCGUUGCAAUUCAUUUAAAAUUCUACUAUCGCCGUGUAUUUUUAUGUAAAUUAUACUAGAAUUGUUAAAUAAUGCCGCCCCAGCGCGACCCUAUUAGCGUGCGCACAACGCGCCUAAAUAACCUGAUACUUGGCAAAGGAGUUAGCGUCACUCAGAAGCCAGCCUCCAGUGCCGCUUGCGUUCGACGCAGCGUUGUCCCAGUGAGCACCACAAGUGCAGCUGUUGCUGAAGCCAUUUGUCGCGAAGGACUGCUGGACGCAUUCUGUUUGCUCUACAAUGAAUGCGACAAGGAGACUUUGAAGAAGCGCGAUCGCAACAUUGCUGAAUUUGUCAAUAAAUUUCGUCCCAUUGUUGAAGAGACACGCCAGCUGCGCGUCAAUGUCGAAGACUUUUCGGUCAAGGCACUUAUCGGCAAGGGCUACUUUGGAACUGUGCAUCUAGUGGUGGAACGUCAAACAUCCGAUGUGUAUGCCUUGAAGAAAAUUAAGAAAUCCGUGGUGACCACAUCUCAAGUCAAGGAAGAACGCGACAUAAUGUCGCGACGCAACUCCGAGUGGCUGACAAGUCUGCAAUACGCAUUCCAGGACAAUGAUAACUUGUAUCUGGUCAUGGAGUAUCUGCCAGGCGGGGAUCUACUAAGCUUAAUGUCACGCCAUGGUCCUUUUGACGAGGAUCUUGCACGCUUCUAUCUUGCUGAAUUAACCCUGGCCUUGCAUUCGCUGCAUUCCAUGGGUUAUGUCCAUCGUGACAUCAAGCCAGAAAACAUUUUAAUUGAUCGCUUUGGUCACAUCAAGCUGGCUGACUUUGGUAAUGCCGCAGCUCUAGAUCGAGACGGCCACGUGCUCAGUCUGUCCCCGGUGGGCACACCAGACUAUAUUGCUCCAGAGCUGCUGCAGACAAUCUCCACCUACAAGCUUUGCAAAUCGAUGCAUGAUGUCAGCUGCGAUUACUGGUCUAUGGGAAUCAUUGGCUACGAGCUUAUUUGCGAGAUAACGCCGUUUCACGAGGAAAACGUGCACGCGACAUAUUCCAAAAUACUGACGCAUUGUGACGACAGCACACUUAAGGAGCUGAUCUCUUUUCCCAGCGAUCUUAAGAUAUCAAGCAAUUUCAAGCACCUAAUAGAAUCUCUGGUCACAAAUCCAACGAAUCGUCUCAGCUAUGAGCAGAUCUGUAAGCAUCCCUUCUUCGACAGCAUUCAAUGGAGCACACUGCGCUCCCAGGUCCCACCUAUUAUACCCACCGUUAAAUCGGACGAUGAUACCUCAAACUUUGAGGAUGGUACGCGCAACAAAGCGCGUCGCGAGUAUAUGGCCAAAAAGUCACUGACAACUAACAUGAAGUCCCAUGACUUCAGUGGCAAGGAUUUGCCCUUUAUUGGCUACAGCUUUGUACACAUGGAUAAACAAGGUGGAGGUAGUAUUGAUGAUUUGGAUGAGCCACGAGCAACUAAGAUGCACGAAAAGCUAAAGGACCUGCAGCAAAAGCUAAAGGCGCGCAGUGAUGAGAUUACCCAGCUUAAACAGGAUCUUCUGCGGGCUCAGCAGGCACUAAAGCAGACCGAUAAUAAAUCGCAAGUUUUGCAGGAUGCUAAGGUGGAGAUCAGGAAGCUGCAGCAGAUAAUUAAAGAGAAGACCAUGGAGCUGGCCACCUGCAAGACCCAAAUCAAAACGCUGCAAAGCUCGGCCAAAAUUGACGAGGACAUGUGGUCGAAAAAGGAAGCCACAAUUACCGAUCUUUUGCGUCUCAAUCGGCAAAAGUAUGAAGAGGCAAAGAUCGCAUCCGAGCAGCGCUAUGAGAAACAGCUGGCCGAAAAGAAACACGAGUUGGCCUGCAUUGCGCAAAAGCUGGAUGCUCGAGAUCUGGAGUUCAAUGCCAAGAACGAUGAGUGUAAGCAUUUGGCAGACAAGCUGAAUAACUACAAGGAGUUGAUGAAGCAGCUCAAGGAUCAGGCCCAAAAGGUCCAGAAGAGCUAUGAGCAGCAGCAAAAUCAACUAACUGAGUCCUACGAGCAGAAGUUGUCGGAUCUGCAGCAAAAGCUGCGCCAAUCCCAGGACACCAACAGACGUAUGACCCUUGAGCUGCACGAUGUGCGCACUGAACUAACUGAAUCUAUUUGCACUGGAAAAUCGACGCAAGAGGCAAAAAACGCCACGGAGCGUAAUAUCGAGGAUAUACUCAGGCGUCUGAACCGCGAGAUAACCGCAAACAAUGAGCUCCACGCCUCGAAUGCCGCGUUGGAAGCGCAGUUACAGCAUCACCAGAAAUUAGUAUUAGAGGCGCAAACCGAAUGCCAGCGUUUGGAACGCGAACUGCAGCUUGCCCAGUGUCGAAACAACAUUGCUGAAUCCUCAUUGACUUCGGAUGCUUCGCCGUAUGAAACAGCGCCUGGAUCGUUGACGGAACUACGGGCUAUCGAGGAUCAACUUCGAGCCGACUUAGAGGUGGCCAAGGAGGGCGAAAGCGUGCAAAAGGUGCGCGCAGAUCAGUUGCAGGCCCUGGUCACGAAGUUAGAGGAAAUGCUGGAACGCUUCAACGAGCAGAGUCUGUCGCCAACCAAACCGCAUCCGGCACCACGCAACGGCAACAGUGCCGUGGGCGAUAUGCUAGAGCGUCAGAACGAGAAGCUGGAGGACAAAUUGGCCGCCGUGCGGGAGCAGAUGAUUGUAGAGCGACAGGCGGCUCGCACAGCAAACCUAUCGCUGUGGAAGGUUGAAAAACAACUGGAGGAGUCCUUGGCUGAGAAGAAACUCCUCUCGCGUCGCAUGGAACUGACCGAGGGUCGUGUGAAGAAGGCGCAGGAUGAGCGUGAGGAGGCGCAACGUGUGCUGAAAUCCGCACAGGAGGAGACACGCCUACGUGAGGCUCGCAUUGAGGAGCUCAAGGAGGAGCUGGCUGCCAGCAAGCGCGACGUUCUCAAGGAGCAUCGCAUGUGGGAAAAAUCCGAACAGGAGCGCAUGAAGUGCAAGUCGGAGCUCAUCGAGCAUCUGGCCAAUGUGCAUAAGCUGGAGGAGCGUGCAACAGAGCUGCGCCAAAAACUGCAUCAGGCCCAGCAGCGGUGCGACGGCCUCCAGCUGGAGCAGAAGCGUUUACAGCGUGAACUUCAGGAGGAACGCGAACGCAGUGCCACAGCCGGCGAUAGUAAAAGUGCAUUGCAGUCUGAGCUGAAGCAGUUAAAGGAGAACUUUGAACGACUGAAGUACGCCUGCAGCCUGACAGAUGAUCAACUAACAGAAGUGGAGGCCAUGCUGGAGACCGAACAGCAGCGCAACAAGACGCAGCAGACCCAACUGGACGCCUGUCAUGCCAAGCUGCGGGAGCGGAACGAUCAAUUGGCGCAGCUGCGUAAAGAUUUCGCCGAACAGGAGUCGGGCAGACGUGUGGCCGAGCAACGCAAGCAGGUUCUCACUGUGGAGCUGGAGGAACUGAAGCUGAAUAUUCAGGAACUGCAAAAGAAAUUGAUUGCACAGCAAGGUCAACUGGUCGAGCAAACCAAUGCUCUGUUUGGGGUGCAAGAGAGUGCGGAACUGCUUGGUGGCCAGAAUGCCAAUUAUCAGGCGCAAAACACCGAGCUGGAGCGUGAGCUGUUCAGUCUGAAGGAGGAGAAUGCACGCAUUCUUAGCGAUCUUUUCCAUCGCAAAGAGGAGCUUAAUGGCGUGCAAGCCGAGCUCAAAGAGCAGCUCUCGAACAUUGCUGAUCUGCACGAUGAAAUCGACGAACUACAGGAGAUGUUGACGGAGAAGGAACAAUUUUAUGUACAACGCGAUAUUAAAGCGGAGGCAACGCUUGCGCAACAUAAGAAACUCAUUGACUAUCUUCAGCUUAAAGUGGAGGAUUUGUCCGCCAAAAAGAAGAAAACUCUUGCUGAUAAAAUCUUUGGUUCGAGCAGCAGCACCAAAGAGAACAUCUCCCCCAAUGACGUAGAGUCCUCCAUAUUGUAUCGAGCGCUCAAGGAGGAACUCAGACGCGAACAAAAACUGUCCAAGGCCCUGCAGGAGCAGCUUGACCAACUGAAUGGCACCGCCAUUUUACGCUCGCCACGCAAAUCAACCGUAUCCAGCAGCGAGAACAGAGGAGCAGAGGAGCCUAAGCAGCGACCCGUCAGCAUAGCCGCUAUUCCACGCUCUCCAAGCAAGAAGCACCAGUCGACGGUCAAACGCGCCACCAGCCAAGUGCUGGAAUCAAAGACCAGCAAGGCCCACAAAUUGCACAACCAGGAGACCAAAGGCGAUCAGCCGUUGGAGAAAUCUCAUCAUCGCUUUGAGCUGGCACUGCAGGAGUCCAAAAAGGAUGCGGUCGAUUGCCUGGUCUGUGAGCAGCCUAUAAUAGUCGGCUCUCCCUAUUGGCGCUGCAAGGAAUGCAAGAGUGUGGCCCAUCGAAAGUGUAGAGGCGAUGUGACGGCCACCUGCGGCCACAAACCUACAGCUCCACCAGCAGACGAGAUUAGUAUCACGCCAAGCCACAGCAGCAGUCUGGAUACGAUCGAUAAUUUAACGAACAAUGGCUCGGGCGGCGACUACGCGGGCACAUUAAUUUACAAUGCCAGCAUGGACGAUCCCCUCGAGGUGAACUGCGCCUUCGAGGUGGCCGAAAAGCUCUUGUUGCUAGGCUGCAACAAAGGACUUUAUGCAUACCAUGUGGAUGGCAAGCGGCUGCUACACAUAGCCGGCAUCGAGUCGGUGAGUUUUGUAUCCAUUUCACAGCGUCUGGCCAAGGCCAUCAUGGUAGGCGGCGCAGGAGAGAAGCUGUACCAGUGCGACUAUCGUCAGUUGGAGUCGCGCUGUCAGAGUACGAGUGCCUGUCAUAAGCCAGCGUUGGAGACUUGCGUCAUUGAGCUGCCGUUGGCGAAUCGCACAGCCACUGAGAAAUGGAAGCUGGUGCAGAUUUCCAACGAAUCUGAGAAUGCUUUAGACUCGGUGGCCAUUGCCGCCACCUCGAUGCGCAUUGUCAUCCUGAAGUACGAUCUGAAGCUGCACAAAUUCAAGCCUGUACGGGCCUUGGACACCGCCACGCCGGUCACCUCAAUUUUCUACACACGCCACUCGGCCAUUGUGAGUUCGGACAAGUUUUACGAGAUUGACUUGGAUAACUAUGCGGCCGAGGAGUUCAUCGACCUGGCCGACAAAUCGCUCCAGCACACAUCCAAUUGCCAGCCCUUUGUGGCAGUACGCAUCUCGCGCCAGGAAUAUCUGCUUUGCUUUGCUGAGUGUGGCGUUUUUGUCGAUGAGUUUGGCUGUCGCUCACGUCCCUACGACUUGAACUGGGUAUAUGCCCCCACCGGCUUUAUGUACCGCGAGCCCUUCCUUUAUGUUGCUCACUACCAAUACGUGCAGAUAAUACGGUUGCAUCGCUCGUAUAGUAAGGAGCUGGCCAAAGGACACAAUGGCGAUGGAGAGCGCAAUGAGACUCCGGAUCUGCAGCGCGUCUAUUUAGCUCAGUAUAUGCCGACACUAUUAGCCAACAGCGGCGAGACGAAUCUUUAUGCCUUGUCCAUAGACCAGGAGCCGGGGACACAGCAGAUAUUCUAUUUCGAUGCGUUGCGGGCGUUUAAAAAUAAAUUGAAUAUCUCCAUAGAGACAAUUUCGUCGGUGGCCACUUCGGUGACACUUGGAUCUUUUAUGACAACGGACAGUGUGUAAAUCUAAAGAGAUUUCACUUUUUCCUGCUUUUAUUUAAUCAUAAAUUUAAAUGUAUUGCACUUUUAAUUCAAAAAUAAAUGUACUUUUUGUACCACA